CACAUAUGUAUCUUAAGUUAUCAGAACAGCUCAAUGUUAUGCUGUGACAAAAUUAAGAAAACAUGGCGAAGCUAACCUGGAUUAUUUUCGGGAUUUUUGUUGUCUGUUGUAGUGCUCAUUUUGGAAUUGACCGUAAUGGCCAGCAGUUUCUACAGAGACAAAAAUCCAAUCCCUUCAACAGAACACCACAGAGCUUUUUGAGUUCGUUGGGAGUAAAUCCCGAAGACCGCAAAUGUUUUACUUUGGCUAGACGCCAGUUCUACAUAAGCCGUCUGGUACAUUACCCUUGCAACAGACAACGACCUGGCGUUCCUGUGUUAAGAUGGUUCAUGGGAAGAUGCAGGCAUCAUAAAAGACAAUUUGGUCCAACAUGUGUCAGUUAUUACCGAGAGCCUGUUUACAGGUAUUACAGAAUCCCUGUUUGCUGUCCGGGAUACGCCAUGGAUAGGAAUGGAAAAUGCUCGAUCAAAACAACUCGGCUGACGAAUAACAGUGGCAGAAAUAAUGGAGAAAUGAUGUCUGUUGCAUCAAAGAUGAGGCAAGCGAUGUGGCAUAGGGCCAAACAAGAUAUGGAAAGACGCCGUGCUAUGUUUUUCAUGAAUAUGAGGGACAAUAGAAGAAACAACAGACCCAUGAUGCCGCCAAGAAUGCAGCUUAGAAGACCACCAAUGUCACCAAUGUUCAACAUGUACAACAGACAGCAAAUGCCAACCCCACCAAAGGUUGCUUUCCUCAGAUUUAACAGACCAACACUCCCGAGGCCACCAAUGCCUCACCCUGUGCAACAGCCACCUCUUAGCGGUCGCAUGGUUAGAAUUAUUAAACGCAAAAUAAUUCCUCUUUUCCCAUUUAUACGGAGGAAUGACAGAAGGUUAGACAGAAUUAGACCACCAAUGGUUCCAAGGGUUGUACUAUCUGGAAGAAUUAGUGCGUUACCAAUGAAUGGAAUGAGGGAAUUCCACCCACCAAUGCCAUCCCUACCCCGCAUUGAGCCACCUUUCCAACCGUUUAUGAAUAAUGAACAUUCACAGGAAAAUGGCCAGCGAAAUCCAGAUUUUGGGCAGCAGCCAAGAGAUUAUCAGCCAGAUGGAUUUCAUGAUCCGCAUGACCAACGUCAUGACCAACAUCAUGACCAACAUCAUCCUGAAACACAUGGUUUUCACGAACCAUUCCCAGGAGAGAGUCGAAUGACUCCCGAGGAUGCUAUGCAAGUUGAUUUGCCAAAUGAACCAGUUCAGAUGCCCGACCUUGUAGUUGAACAAGCUCCAACAAACAACAUGAACCAGGAUUCGUGCAUCGUGAAGCUUGAGUCAGCAGUGAAAACUUGCCUGAAACAGAACAACAUUGAUGUACCAGACGUUAUGUCUGCUUUUGAACCAUUUAAUGAUGACAAGUCUAGGGUGCUCUGCGAGGCGGAAGAUGCCAUUUUCAAUUGUAUUACCGAAACAUUAAAGGAUUGCAAAGAAGGCAAUGAUGCAAAUAUUGCACGCGAUAUGCUCCUAGAAACAGCCCAAACAGUCCAGAGCAUGUGCGAAAUGAGACAAGCAAAUGUUGCCUCAGGUGAUACCCCACCACCACAAGAGGAGAAUGUACAAGGCGCUGAUACCGUUGCCACUGUAGAAAAUGUGGACGACAUUCCCACUGAUGUAAAUGCUGCACCAACACCUGAUAAAGAACAGAUCACCAUCAUCGAAGACAGUCCAGCAGUUGCUGAUACUCCAUCUGCACAAGCAGUCAAAGAAGCAAUCCAACACGAGGUCCAUGUUCAGGAGAUGAGAAUGAAGGAAUACUUGUUACCAAUCCUGGUUGGUGCUGGUGUUGGUUUCAUGGUGCUAGUCCUCUUUAUGUCUCUUCUCAUAUGUUGCUGCUGCAAGAGAAAGCUCAGGAAGAAGAUGAAGAUGGCUAAGGAAAUGGAGAAACCGCCGCUUCAAGAUGGUAUUUACACUAUUGGCAUCGCCCCACCCACAUAUGAGACGAAUGGUAUUCCACCAAUGUACUAUGAAGAGGCCAAGGGAGAGAAGAUCACGUCCCGAAGCUCAGCUGUCCUUGAGGGCUCCGAGGCCCUGGAUGAGGCAGAGGGAGUCAAGAUGUAGAUUAACUUAAACAUUUCUAUGAAGAAAAGUCACUUUUGAUUCUUUACAAUUAAGGAAUUUUGCUGCAGUACGAGCGGAUGCUGUAAAUAGAUUUUUUUCUGCUUAAAGUUAGAUAGGUCUAUUAAACCUUUUUUUUGAAAUGUAAGGAAAAGCUAGUAGAUGUCGCUUGUUACUUGCAGAAACUUUUGAAAAACAAACUUUUGUUGGACUGUCGCUUGAAAUAACAAAGUCUGUAUAUGUAAAGUGUGCAUUAUGUAUUUUCUAACUCCUACAUAAUAUCAAGUCAGCAUAACAAUUUUAAAUAUGUUCUAAAGACUGAAAAGAUCCUUUACGAUCAUAGUGUCCCUUUAAAUGAUUUGUACAUAAGUAUUUGUGUGUCAAUAUAUCUUACAUUUAUAACCACAAUUAAUUUAAUAAAUGUUUAAUUCUUGUUUAUUCUGUCAAAUAUGUGACCAUAUUUCAAUUCUAAUAUUGAAUGAAUUUACUUACCCCUUUUUGAGACAUAAUUAUUGUAUAUGAAAGAUUCUCUUUGUCAAUGAUUUCAACGAAUGAUCUUAAAAUCACUCUUUUUUGUGUAUGAGAAGUAAUAUUUUUCAUGUUUUGUACACAAAUAUUAAAAAAAGUGAUCUCUUA